AUGCUUGAGGAGGACUUUUGCUCACCCGGAUGGGUGCUGGUUCAACCACAAUGGGGUCUUUGCAAUCGGCUCCGAUCAGUCGUUGCAGGGCAAAUGUUGGCAGAUCAUCUGGAACGGCAAUUCGUACUCGAUUGGCAGGCCCUGCCAGGAUGCAACUGCCGCUGGACAGAUCUCUUUAGCACAAAAGUCUUGGAGGUGGCCGACCUUGAUGAGGCCAGCCAUCCUUCUCUGCUGGCGGGUCUUGAGCUCUUGCAGCUCUGGGAUGAGGUCACCAUCUUGGCCAAACGUCAGCCUGACAGUGAAGAAUUAAGGAGAGCUGUACGCGGUUUCAACUCAUUUCACAGAGAGUGCUUUCGAGCAGGUCUAGCCUAUGUCAUAGACCCUGCCUCUGAGAAAUGGCGAUCGUGUAAACCCUUUGGCAGAGAUAAAGAGCUGCCAAACUUUCUGAAAGUUGACUGCCUCUGUGUGAGGGCCUUCAAUCCUUUUUACCCGCCCAGGGAAGAAGAUCGAGCAGCGCUGGCCAAAGAGCGUGCUGCACAAUUGAAUCGGCUACGUCCAAUCCCAGAGCUGCAACGGCGCUUGUGGCAGCUUCCCAGAGGAACUGUUUCGGUGCACAUCCGGCGCACGGACCAUGCCAAGGCGAUUGCUCGCUCACCAGAGGAACUUUUUUGGCACACCAUGGAGAGCUACCCUCAGGAUGUGUCUUUCUUCUUGGCCACAGAUGAUCCUGAUGUUGAAGAACGAAUGAAGUCCCGCUUUGGUAGCCGCUUGUUGACUGCACCGAAGAACCUCAAUCGAAACUCUCCUACAGGAAUCCAAGAUGCCCUCAUCGACUUGCUGCUCUUGUCACAAGGAAUUGAGGUUCUUGGCUCCUUCAAGAGUUCCUUCUCGGCGAUGGCGUCACAUUUCCACAUGGUACCGCUCCGCACGAUGGACGUUUCCCCUACACCGGUAAAGCCCACAGCCGCUUUCCGCGAAGUGGCAGUGGUGCCUUUGGAUCCCGAGGAGGAUGAAUAUACCGACGGCUCGUGCGGCGUGGGAAAAAGAGGAUCUUCACUGGCUGAAUGGUUUGAUUCAUGGGGGAAAAUAUCCUGGCUUGGAAUGCUGGGUAACCAUCCAGGCAUUAUAAACAGCACUGAGAUGCACUGA